UUUAACGGUUGGAAUGAGAGACGUAGGAUCUGAUUGGUCAGUGACAGGGGAUACACAAAAAUCAACCAAUCUGCGCGGUUGGCAGAUUCAGGUGGUAAAUCCUGAUCCUGCCUCUUAGUGUAACACGGCCCGGAGCUCUCUACUCUCUCUCGUAGUGUAUUUUUCAGCCCUGCCUCGGCUACUUCUCUUCCCCUGUGCCGCCAUUAAAGCCCCUCGGCUUGGUGUUUGGAAGUCGGGAAAAGGAUAAAAAUGAUUUAAAGCGUCAAAGCGGACGACCGAGGGACGGGACUAGGGGUGGGGGGGUUUCUUGCUCCGUGGUAUGUAUGGACCUUCAACUGCCAAGUAAACGGCGCCCCAAAGAAGUGAAUAUGCGGCGGGUGACGACCAAGUGAGAGAAGCCUGAGUUCGGAUUGGAGUGGGUUUCUCUGGUCGGAGGGGAGGGGGGGGAGCUCGGGGAAGCUCCAUUUGUUUUGGCUGCAGUGUGAAACUAAGGAGUGUAAACACAGCAAAGCAAAGUGCACUGCUUGCUGUGUGAUCUCCUUGAGAGUGGAUCUGCCGAGCUGAGAGCCCCUCUGAACGGCAGGAAGUCUCCCUCAGUGGCGGUGCGACGAUGACCGAGCUGGCUGCCAAGUGGGCUUGUGAAUACUGCACAUACGAGAACUGGCCGUCAGCCAUCAAGUGCACCAUGUGCCGCGCUCAGAGGCCCAGUGGGGGUGCCAUCAUUACUGAGGAGCCCUUCAAGAGCAACCCUGCUCUGGAUGCCAGUCUGCACCAGUGGGACCCUGCAGGCCUCAGCAACAGCCCACCCCAAGGGGGUUCCAGCUUACUUAUUUGUCCAGACUCCAGUGCCCGACCCCGUGUGCGCAUUGCUGAUGUACCUGAGACUAGUAGCAAGUGGUCAUGUCACAUGUGCACCUACCUGAACUGGCCUCGGGCCAUCCGUUGCACCCAGUGCCUGUGCCAGAGGCAGCACGCUCAACAACAGCAUGGGCAACAUGCAACACAUCAGGGACAUCAUACCCAGCAGCCACGCAGCCCCACAGAGUCACCCCAGACCUCAGGCUCUGGGUGCCGCUCUGUUCCCUUUGCCACCACUACAGACCCCUGUGAGGAAUAUAAUGACCGUAACAGGCUCAACACUCAUGCACAGCACUGGACCUGUGCUGCCUGCACUUAUGAGAACUGGGCCAAGGCACAAAAGUGUGUAGUAUGCGACCACCCCAGGCCAAAUAGUCUACUAACUGAACCCAUAGAACUGGCAUCAGAGCCUGAGAGCCAACAACCUUCCUCAAAACUUAAUGAACAGGACAGGGACAACAGGAGGGGUGUUGUUGGGCAAGGAGUAGGGAGUGUGGUAGGUGGGGUUGGUGGUUGUAGCAGCAGCCAAAGGAGGUCUCCCCCUACCUCGAAACAGGAAUCAGAGAUGAACAUGGACUUUCAGAGGAUUGAAUUGGCGUCAGGGGCUGGGAUUGGGAGCAAAGAGGAGCUGGAGGUCGAUUUCAAAAAACUGAAGCAGAUUAAGAACAGGAUGAGAAGGACUGAUUGGCUGUUCCUCAAUGCUUGUGUUGGUGUGGUGGAAGGCGACCUGGCGGCUGUGGAGGCCUACAAGUCAUCAGGAGGUGACAUUGCACGACAGCUAACGUCAGAUGAGGUGCGCCUAUUAAAUCGGCCCUCAGCGUUUGAUGAUGGCUUCACGCUGGUUCACCUAGCCAUCCGCUUCCAGAGACAGGACAUGUUGGCUGUGUUACUCACAGAGGUGUCUCAACAGGCACCCAAGUGUAUUCCAGCAAUGGUAUGUCCUGAGCUAACGGAGCAAAUCCGUCGUGAGGUAGCUGCCUCUCUCCACCAGCGCAAGGGAGACUUCACCUGCUAUUUCCUCACAGACUUGGUGACCUUCACCCUUCCUGCAGACAUUGAGGACUUGCCCCCAGCAGUUCAGGAAAAACUGUUUGAUGAGGUGCUGGACAGAGACGUACAGAAAGAACUUGAAGAGGAGUCUCCCAUCAUCAACUGGUCCCUGGAGCUCGGGACUAGGUUAGACAGUCGGCUGUAUGCCCUGUGGAACCGCACAGCCGGGGAUUGUCUGCUCGACUCAGUGCUGCAGGCUACAUGGGGCAUCUACGACAAGGACUCAGUGCUCCGCAAGACCCUGCACGACAGCCUGCACGACUGUUCUCACUGGUUUUACACGCGGUGGAAGGAGUGGGAGUCGUGGUAUUCCCAGAGCUUCGGCCUGCACUUUUCACUCCGGGAGGAACAGUGGCAGGAAGACUGGGCUUUUAUCCUCUCUUUGGCUAGUCAGCCAGGAUCCAGCUUGGAGCAGACCCACAUUUUCGUUCUUGCACACAUACUUCGUAGGCCCAUUAUCGUCUACGGAGUGAAGUAUUAUAAAAGUUUUCGUGGCGAAACUCUCGGGUACACCCGUUUUCAAGGUGUGUACUUGCCCCUUUUGUGGGAGCAGAGUUUCUGCUGGAAGAGCCCCAUCGCUCUGGGCUACACGCGGGGCCACUUCUCAGCACUGGUGGCCAUGGAGAACGACGGAUUCGACAAUCGUGGCGCGGGCGCCAACCUUAACACAGACGAUGAUGUGACCGUCACGUUCCUGCCACUGGUCGACAGCGAGAGGAAGCUGCUUCACAUUCACUUUCUCUCAGCGCAGGAAAUGGGAAAUGAAGAGCAACAGGAGAAGCUUCUGCGGGAGUGGUUGGACUGCUGUGUGACCGAGGGCGGAGUCCUGGUGGCUCUUCAGAAAAGCUCCCGCCGCCGCAACCACCCGCUUGUCACCCAGAUGGUAGAGAAGUGGCUGGACGGCUACAGACAGAUCCGACCCUGCGCCUCUUUGUCUGACGGUGAAGAGGAGGAAGACGACGAGGACGAGUGACAAAACUGAAGUGGGGAGGGGGGGGCAGGACUCCUCCCCCUCUUCUCUCUUACAAUUUUACUUUAUUACUGUUUUUUUUUCUCCUUUCCUGACACGGACAAACUGUGAAAGCCUUCAGGAGAGGACAGGGAAACACAAGCCCCCACCCACCUUUCACCUGACAAAAGACACUGCUACUCUUCUAUUACACACAGGCACUUGGACAUAAAACUCAUUCAACCCUUAACUCAGACCAACCUGAGACUGACAAACCCCACUGCUGCAAAACACAGAUUUGGGGAGAGAAUAAAGGUUUACGAAUUCAGAUGACCUUUUGAUUUGUUUUGAGUUUCAAAAUGUAAAGGAAAAAAGGAAUCUUUAUCUAUAUAUGUAAAUGCAUGUGGUUGUUUAAAAAAAGAGUAUAAGGAAAUAUACCAGCAUUGAUUCAAAUCAACACUUUAUAUCCGAUCAGUAUGGGUACUGACAAAAGCACACUUCCAAAUUGAUUUUAUGAUGUUUUUCCAGUUGUUACAAAGAGUUGGCUUGUUUAGCAUUUUGUUUUUGAACGGGCAGGGACAAAGCCAAUAAAUAUCAUUAUCUUUAGAGAACCAGAGAUUGUGUAAUAAUAAAUUACUUUAAUCCUUAUUACUAAGCACUGCACAUUUAUUAAAACAUUUCUAUAUAAAUACAGUAUCAUUGCUUGAAUUAAGGUCAUUAUAUGAAGCUCUUGAAAAGGGAGACUUUCCCUUUACAAGUCAAAUCUACACUCACUAAGGUUUAGCACACAAACAUUCAUGUUGGAUCUUUGGUUUACCUUUUUUUCAGACUGACUGAACUGAGGCGUGUGUGUGUGUGUGUGUGUGUGUGUGUGUGUGUGUGUGUGUGUGUGUGUGUGUGUGUGUGUGUGUGUGUGUGUGUGUGUGUGUGUGUUGGGUUUUUCUUCUCUGAACUUACUCUACAUAUUUAUUGUUUGGAAACUUAUUUGAGCUAAUAAGAGCUUUCUGUAUAUUUUUUUUCUCCUUUUUGUGGUUUUGUUAAUUAUUCUCUCAAUCUUGAUGAAGACAUGUUGCACAGAAACAUUGUUGCUGUGAGGAAAGAACCAACCAUGACCAUCAGUGAAAAGUUUACUUAUGUUGUUGUGUGCAAUUUAGUACCUCAUUUGGAUGCCUAAAAUCUGGUGCUUUUGUUUUUUGGGGGGCAGGUGAGAGUGGGAGUGAGACACAUUCAAUGUCGACAUAAACCCAGAGUCACGCUUCUCUCUUCAUUGUCUCCUACUUCCUUUUUUGUCCCCUCUUUCCUUACAGCAUUUGUUGUCACAGUCACCCUCACGGUACACGUUAGUUCACCUCCUCUGUAAUGCCUGUUUGUUGUCAUUAUGUGAAGACAUCUUUAGUUUUUGUUGAUUAAGGUUGUUGUGAAAGACUGCAACAUAUAAAACCAAAGCUGACAAAAAAGAAAAAAAAAACACGAGUUUUUGUUACCUUUUUUGCUGUGAAUGUUUGCAUUUUGUUUUUUCUCGCCAUUGCGUACUGUAACCUCUUUCGUGUUUCAUUCAAGUCAUACACGUUUUGAGCAUCACCUGUAUGUUGCUUUGUAUUUAUGCAAUAGUUGCAGUUGUGACAAUGAUGGUUUGUGGAUUUAGGCCUGACUUCACUAUACAGAGUGUAACGCAAAGAACAAGUAAAAUAAGGAAAAAAAAAAUAAAGGAAAACCGUUUUGAAUGUCCAACAAAA